AUGUUGAGAGCACGUGCAUCCACCGCCAAGACUCUUGUCCGCCACUACUCCCACAAGGAGCUCAAGUUUGGCGUCGAGGGCAGAGCCGCCCUUUUGAAAGGUGUCAACACCUUGGCCGACGCAGUGUCUGUGACCUUGGGGCCAAAGGGCAGAAACGUGCUUAUUGAGCAGCAGUUCGGCUCGCCAAAGAUCACCAAGGAUGGUGUCACCGUUGCCAAGUCCAUCACCUUGAAGGACAAGUUCGAGGACAUGGGAGCCAAAUUGUUGCAGGAGGUCGCCUCGAAGACCAACGAGUCUGCCGGAGAUGGUACCACGUCUGCCACUGUUUUGGGCAGAUCCAUUUUCACGGAGUCCGUGAAGAACGUGGCUGCUGGAUGCAACCCUAUGGACUUGAGACGUGGUACCCAGGCCGCCGUCGAGGCAGUUGUUGAGUUCUUGCAGCAGAACAAGAAGGAGAUCACCACCAGCGAGGAGAUCGCGCAAGUCGCCACCAUUUCUGCCAACGGCGACACGCACAUUGGAAGCUUGUUGGCCUCCGCCAUGGAGAAGGUCGGCAAGGAGGGUGUGAUCACCGUCAAGGAGGGCAAGACUUUGGAGGACGAGUUGGAGGUCACCGAGGGUAUGAAGUUUGACCGUGGAUUCAUCUCGCCAUACUUCAUCACCAACACCAAGAACGGUAAGGUGGAGUUCGAGAACCCUUUGAUCUUGUUGUCCGAGAAGAAGAUCUCGUCCAUCCAGGACAUCUUGCCAUCGUUGGAGGUGUCUAACCAGACGAGAAGACCCUUGUUGAUUUUGGCCGAGGACAUCGAGGGCGAGGCUCUCGCCGCCUGUAUCUUGAACAAGUUGAGAGGCCAAGUCCAGGUCUGUGCUGUGAAGGCUCCUGGUUUCGGAGACAACAGAAAGAACACUUUGGGUGACAUUGCCAUUCUCUCCGGUGGUACCGUUUUCACCGAGGAGUUGGACCUCAAGCCCGAGGCUGCCACCAUCGAGCAGUUGGGCUCUGCUGGCUCCAUUACCAUCACCAAGGAGAACACCGUGAUCUUGAACGGUGAGGGCUCCAAGGACAACAUCCAAGCUAGAUGCGAGCAGAUCAGACAGGCCAACGAUGACAUCGCCACCACUGAGUACGAGAGAGAGAAGUUGCAGGAAAGAUUGGCCAAGUUGUCUGGUGGUGUCGCCGUGGUGAAGGUGGGCGGUUCCUCCGAGAUCGAGGUUGGCGAGAAGAAGGACAGAUACGACGAUGCGCUCAACGCCACCAGAGCUGCUGUUGAAGAGGGUAUCUUGCCAGGUGGAGGUACUGCAUUGAUCAAGGCGUCCAGAAUUUUGGACGAGGUCAAGAGCAAGGCCGAGAACUUCGACCAGAAGUUGGGUGUGGAGAUCAUCAGAUCCGCCAUCACCAAGCCCGCCAGAAGAAUCAUCGAGAACGCCGGUGAGGAGGGUGCUGUCAUUGUGGGCAAGGUCUACGACGAGGCUGAGUUCAACAAGGGUUACGACUCGUCCAAGGGCGAGUUCACCGACAUGAUCGCUGCCGGAAUUAUCGACCCAUUCAAGGUCGUCAAGAACGGUUUGGUUGACGCCGCGGGUGUUGCCUCGUUGUUGGCCACCACCGAGUGUGCUAUUGUCGAUGCUCCAGAACCAAAGGGCGCUGCGCCACCAGCCGGCGGCAUGGGCGGCAUGGGUGGUAUGCCAGGCAUGGGCUUCUAA